AGUCCGCGGUAAAACCCGGAGUUUUGAGUUGUUGUUUUGUGGUGGCGCAUAUACUGGACUGAACUGUGGUAUUGUGUACUGUGGAAUACUGGAACGGACUUUUCCAGAAUGGACUGAACUGGGAUUAACAGACAGACUGAGGCCUACUCACGCUGCAUCCCUUCUUUUUCUUUUUUGCACUGUGCAUAAUAAUUGUGAAAAUAUAUAUUUUGGAAAUCGCAUUGCUGGUUUGUUUGAUUGCUUUUGUGGUUUAUUGCUGUGUUUGAUCUGCCUGGUUAUUAUUUUGUGUGGGUUAACUAAACUAUUUUUGUUUUAUUUUACUUUGUCAGACUUGACUCUGACUGGCACCCCAACAUUAAAUCUAGUCAACCCGCCACACACUACAAACUGUUUGACGCAGAUGGUUUUUGUUCCACAGGAAGAACGUCCACCUCCAGUCUUGGUCGGCCGUUUUGGGUCUUCACUCUCAAAGUGACAUGAACUCUCUGGACGUUCAGACCCGACAAGUCGAUCGCAUCAUCAUCAACAGACAGUACAACAGACAAACUAAACAGGCUGACAUCGCCAUGAUGCAUCUGCAGCAGCCAAUCAACUUCACCCAGUCCGUCCAGCCGGUGUGUUUACCUGCUGAAGGUCAGAAUUUCACUGCAGGAAGAAAAUGUUUCAUUGCUGGAUGGGGACGAGAUGCUGAGCAGGGUUUUCUCCCUGAUGUUCUACAGGAGGCCCAGGUUCCUCUAGUGGAUCAGAAUCAGUGUCAGCUGCAGUUACCUGAGUACACCAUCACCUCCAGCAUGCUGUGUGCAGGAUUCCCAGAGGGAGGAGUCGACACCUGUCAGGUAACGUCUCCUUCACAUGACAUCACUUCCUGUCUGUAGUGUUAAAAACAAGCAGGCAAAGGGCAACCUUUUACAGCAUUCUGUCGAGUCCAAUCAGCUGAUAAUGAUCCUGAUCAGCCUGAUCAGUAAUCAACAAACACAUUAUUAAAGCAGUAAUCAAACUAAUAAGUCA